AUAUUGUGUGUGUGUGUAUUGUGUGUGUGUGUGUGUAAAUAUUGUGUACAUUGUGUGUAUUGUGUGUAUUGUGUGUAUUACAGGCACAGAGUGGGUGGACCCUGAGGACCCCACAGUGAUCGCUGAGAACGAGCUGCUCGGAGCGGCUGCAGCCAUUGAAGCAGCUGCCAAGAAACUGGAGCAGCUGAGACCCCGAACCAAACCCAAGGAGGCCGAUGAGACGUUGAACUUUGAGGAGCAGAUCCUUGAAGCAGCGAAGUCGAUCGCAGCAGCAACCAGCGCUCUGGUUAAAGCUGCUUCAGCCGCUCAGAGGGAGCUGGUGGCUCAGGGGAAGGUGGGGGCGAUCCAGGCCAAUGCUGUGGAUGAUGGUCAGUGGUCUCAGGGUCUCAUCUCCGCUGCUCGGAUGGUUGCCGCGGCAACUAACAACCUGUGUGAGGCGGCUAACUCUGCGGUGCAGGGACACGCCAGCGAGGAGAAACUCAUCUCCUCGGCCAAACAGGUCGCCGCCUCCACCGCCCAGCUGCUGGUCGCCUGUAAGGUCAAAGCGGACCAGGACUCACAGACCAUGAAGAGACUACAGGCUGCAGGUAACGCGGUGAAGCGAGCAUCUGAUAAUCUGGUGAAAGCGGCUCAGAAAGCAGCGUUUGACGCUCAGGACGACCAGGCGGUGGUGGUGAAGAGUAAGAUGGUGGGAGGCAUCGCACAGAUCAUCGCGGCGCAGGAGGAGAUGCUCAGGAAAGAGCGGGAGCUGGAUGAGGCGAGGAAGAAGCUUGCGAUGAUCCGACAGCAGCAAUACAAGUUUCUCCCGUCUGAGUUGAGAGAGGACGGACAGGAGCAGUGACACACCUGACUCACCUGUGUACACCUGAAACAUACCUAUGCCUUAUUAAGAUAUAUCUGUGCUUUCAUUAUAUAUGAUCAUUUAAUAUAAAUAUCUAUCUGUCUGUUUCUCUUUAGUUUCUGCUGCCUUCCUGUUAGAACGGCUGCACUCUCUUUCUAUGCAAACUUCAUCUGCAGACGAUGUUUCACUGUCUGAUCACCAUGUUUUAGUGUCUGAUAACCAUGUUUCAGUGUCUGAAUGCCAUGUUUCAGUGUCUGAAUAUGUUGAGAGAGACUCUGUGUUCCUGUUAAAGUCAUGAUGUUCAGUUUAAAUCUGAAAAAAGGACAAAAUAAUGUGUAAAGUUUAGAUUUGGAACUCUGCGUCAGAACAAAUCAUAUUAAAUUCCUUAUUUUUAUAAAGACGAGCUGUUUUUAAAUGUUUGUUGGAGUCAGCAGCAGAUGAGAUUUUUACAGCUGUUUGUUGAAUAUGAUGAAGCCAUAUAUUUAACAUCUGUUUAUUUGGUGCUCUGCGUGUGCAAAUGUUAGCGGCUAACCCUUCAUUCUCUGUCUGCUGAGUGCAAGAUGUUUCUGUUCCAGGUUAGUUUGUGUUCAGCAGAUUCAAUGGACCCAAAGAAACUCUGUUUUUUCACACUUUAACGUUUAUAAAGUGCCUGUAAUCUCACACACACACACGCUCACUCUGUUUCUAACGCUGCUGAUCAGCUGUACAUCGUCACUGUAUCAGAGAUUUAUAUCAAUAAAGUUUUCAGUCAAACUUUUCUGUU